AUGGUAACCGAGGCUACAACUGUCUACAUCCACAAUAUUUACGUUCCCGUGAAUGCGUCGGAGCGUUCCCACUUUUACCGAUCUCUACCUACAGAAUUUGAUCAAAAUUCUCAUCAUUUGGUUCUCGGUGACCUUAAUGUGGCGAUCGAUCCUAUUCUGGACUCCCGUGGGGUGACCAGCGCGUCCGAUACAUCUCGGGGAUAUCUCCUUAGUUGGCUGUCAACGCUACACGUCACGGACGCGUGGCGCCUUCGGUUUCCGUGCCGGCGUCUGUUCUCCGGCCCUACGCCUCGGAUUAACCGACUUGACUACGUCUUUAUCAGUGAUAACUGGGUUGACUCAAGGUUUGAAGAAGCGAGGUAUUUUCAGGCACCACAUAGCGGGGAUCAUCUCGCUCUCCGGGUGACCUUGGGUACGCCAAGUCGUCGCCCACUACCUGCGUAUUGGCGCCUUAACCCCACAACACUUCAGGAUGACGCAGUUCGUCAGACUAUUAUACAAGACAUCCGGCAACUGCAGCGAACAACUCGUCAUACAUCGAGUCCAGGGCUUGUCUGGGAGGGGUGGAAGCGGAGAAUAAAGUCUCUGCUCCAGCUAGCCCAGGCGAAGGCGGGAGAUCAAGAGAACGACAUUCUUCCUGAGCCCUUAACUGAAGCGAUUACAGCGGUUGAAUCUCUCGAGCAAGUCCUUGCAGACCGUCGGUGGGAGGAUGAUUUUGACUAUCAUGCGCAUCAAAUGGAGGCAUCUACUGCUGCAUUUUUUCGUCCACCUUCCCCAAUAUUACGAUCGACCGCGGUAACUAGUGUCGUUCUACCGGACGGCUCAGAAUGUGACGAUCCUGCGGAUAUUAGCGAUCAAUUUAGGCAACAUUGGGGGAUCAUAUUCGGCGAUGAGCGCUUUGCUGGAGAUGAACCUCCUACCCCAAGUUUCAUGAAACAAGCUUCAAAAUCGAACGAUUAA